AUGAAUAUUUUUCAUCCUAUACAAACAUCAUCAGCUAUUAUUGAUAUUUGGUGGUUAUUUGAUGAUGAUGGUAGAUUGACUUUAUUAUUACCUUAUUUAUUAAGAUGUCGUAGACGUUGGCAUCUACAUGUUCUUCAUGGUCUUAAUAAACAACCAAAUGUAUAUGAAACACAAAAAUUUGAUCAAUUGUUACAAGCAUGGCAUGAAAAUAAUAAAAAGAGAACAGAAAAUGAUGAAUCAUGGAAGAUAACAGAAACAGAAGUAGAAGCCAAUAAAGAGAAAAUUAAAAGAGGUCUUAAUUUGCAUGAAUAUUUAGUAGAACAUAGUUCGAAGUCAUCAUUAAUUAUUGUUACAUUACCAAUUUCACGAAAACAAUCGAUAUCACCUGGUCUUUAUCUUGUAUAUUUAGGUGCGAUUAGUUAUAAUUUACCUCCAUUAUUAUUCGUAGGUAGUAAUCAAAAAAAUGUUUUAACAUAUUAUUCAUAA